AACCUUUAUUUCUGUAUUUUCUAGCAUAGCAACCAUUACUGGUUGUACUCUUCCUUCACCUCAGCCUCUUGUUUGUUACACAAGACAGAAACCCUCUCUUGUCGCUUUCAUAAAAAUAAUUUAAGUAAAUAAAUAAAAAAAAUGAGCGAAGACACUAAGAAGAACAUUGCCGGAGCUCCGACGCCGAGGCCCAAUUCCGAUGACCGGAAACCGUUACCUUUACCGUCACCUGCGCCUCCAGUUCCCCCCAAGAAGGUCAUCAUCAAGAGCGCCGAUAUGAUCCCCGACAUGCAGAAGGAGGCCGUUGAUAUCGCCGUCACUGCGUUUGAGAAGUACAAUGUGGAGAAAGAUGUUGCAGAACAGAUAAAGAAGGAGUUCGAUAAGAGGCAUGGCCCCACUUGGCAUUGCAUCGUUGGUCGUAAUUUUGGCUCAUAUGUGACUCAUGAAACAGACCACUUCGUCUAUUUCUAUUUGGAUCAGAAAGCGGUUUUACUCUUUAAAUCUGGUUAAAGCCAUAUUGUGGUGAAAGAAGUUGACAGCAAUGGGAAGUGUCUUGUGAUUAUGAUGCUGUAUUCAGUCCUCCAUGUAUUAAUUCCACUGCCAUACAAACUCUUUGCAGGGCAUUCUUGAGCUUGUAUAUUUUAUGUCAUGUAAACUAGUUCUUGGUUUGGAGACGAAUUUAAGGAUUAACUUAUUUUGAGAUUUUUUUAACUUCUCUGAAGAGUUUUUGAGAAAAUAAAUUAUUCCUUUUUAUUAAAAAAAAAAAAAAACUUUCUUUUUUCCAUACAUGCACCAGAUUUCUUAGGGUCUGUUUAUUUUUGAAAAUAUUUUCUUAUUUUCAAGGGUUUUUUUUUUAAAUCUCAUUUACAAUCUUUCACAUUUUAAAUAGGGACAAUUUACUUAUAUUUUCUUAGGUAUUUUUUUUAUUCAAAAUUUGAAUUUAAUUUUGUUAAUAUAGAUUUUUUAUUGAGGAAAAAUUCUAAUUUUAGUUGAAAUGUAACGUUAAAAAUAUUUAAGGAAUUGUACUUUUGUCCUUUUAAUAAACAUGUUUGUAGUACGUUUGCUU